CGUAUAAAUUAUACAACAGAUAACACAAGCAAGGGCACUUGGUUAAUCAAUCAGCUCAAGAGAAAUGUCUAGGAUUCAUCCCACAGUAAUCAGCAACGGCGGCAUUGAGGAGGAGCAGCAGAUUCCAUGUGCAGCGGCUGCUGCUUCGGCGUGGACAGUGUGGAAGAAGUCCAGCAUGGCUUUUCAUGGCACCGAUGGCUUCUCCAUUUACGACGGCAAGGGAAAUCUCGCCUUCCGGGUGGAAAAUUACUCGAGGAAGCACAAGUGUUUUGCAGGGGAACUGCUGCUCAUGGAUGGAGCAGGGAACGCCCUCAUGGCCUUGAAGCCGCAGAUUUUGAGCCUGCACAAUCGGUGGAGCGGAUUCAGUGCUAACAAGACCCAAGUUUUCUCCAUGAGAAGGCCAUCCAUCUUUCAGAGUUGUGAUGGGGCAGAAGUGUUCAUGGAGCCGGCAAAGGGCCGAUCGCCGGCGCCUGAUUUCCAAACCGAAGGUUGCUUUAGUAGAAGAGACUGCAAGAUUUUAGGCGCGGAUGGUUGUGAAGUGGCUAGAAUGGGUCGGAAGAAGGCGAACAAGUCGAUCACUUUGGGGGACGAUGUGUUUAGCUUGGUCAUCCAGCCAAACGUGGAUGUUGAGCUUGUAAUGGCUUUUGUAGUCAUCAUGGACCGGAUAUGCCGGAGAUCAAGAUCUUAAUUAAAACUAACAUAGGAAAUUGUUUCGUGCAUACUCAAUUAAUGCAUUUGCAAGUAAAAUGUAUCUGAAAAAUCCAUCCAAUGUUCAUAUGAAGGUUCAUCUAAA